CUCAAGACAGCAGCAGCAACAGCAGCUUUUACCGGAGGAGAUUCAGCGAUUUUUCGACAGCAAACCCUUUUAUUAUUCCAUAUUUACUGUUUAAUUAAUUGUAUUGUGUUUAAAUUACCAUAUUAUUGUAUUAUUACUUGUAUUUUCUGUUUUUAAUCUUAUAUAUUUGUUUUUCAGGUGUCGGAGGCCGGUGAGGGUAUACUGACACCCUGCGGUCCGACAUGGAGUUUUGGCGUAGCGAAGAGCAUCGCCUGGAGGGGGCUUCUGGUGGUUCAGGAGACCCCUUCAUUCUGCUGCCUUUUUGUGGCACUGAGGAGCUGAGGGCUGCCUGUCUGCAGUGGCAGGGUGAGGGUCCAGACCCCUGGACGGAGCUCAGGAGGGUCCAGCAUGAGUUCCUCGAGGGGAAGCUGAGGGCCCUCAUUCAGAAGGUGGAGUCUCACUGCGCACGUGACCCCCCCACUCUCCUGCCUUUUUGCGAGGAGCCAGACCCCUGGACGGAGCUCAGGAGGGUUCAGCUCGAGUUCCUCGAGGGGAAGCUGAAGGCCCUUAUUCAGAAGCUUUCCUGUCCCAGGCGGCAUGUUGGGAGUGUCCUGGUGCCGGUUAUGGAGGCAGCCCCCGCUCACAGGCUGGACUCUACGGAGCCUGAAAUCCCAGCUCCAGUUGCACAGUGUGAAGAAGCUCCAGCUCCAGAGCUCACCACCACCUCUCAUCUGGAGCCAUCCAGCCAGGGAGACACUGCACUGUCACCCACUACUAACACACAGUGCAGAUCCCUGAAACGCCCUGUCACCAACUUUCGGUCCUCCUUUGUGUCUCGUUUCAGGUCUCCUCGCCGAGUCCUGGUGCAGGUAGAAGAGGCAGAUCCCUCUCACCGGCUGGACCUUCAGGACACAAAGCCUGAACUGGAGCCAGUGCCAGCUGCACAGGACGAGGACGACCUGGAGAACGACGUGGAGGUCCUGGAGUUGGAGGAUCACAGGCCAGGAGAGAGAGCUCCAAACAGAAAGAGAGGAUGGCUACAGCACCUGCUCAGCUGCUUCAGGUGGAAAGCAAGAAAGAGCUGA